AUCGACCCGGUUCGUUCGUUCGUUAUUAAGUUUUCUUGUUAAUUUUUCGGGGCAUUCGUAAAGAACAGAACUAUAAUAAAAAUGAGUAAAAAUAAAUGAAUAUAAAAUUACGUGUGAAAUCAAAUUAUAGAGAGGAUCCAGAGACAGUGGUGUGUCACAAAGGCCCACAACACACAAAACGUAGCCCUGGCGUUUCUGCAUUAAUUCUCAGCCGGCAUAUUGAACACAUAAAAAAAACUGUGACGGCAACAAGUUUUCCAUAAUUCACCAAACACUCAAACAAUGUGCAAGUGUGUGUGUAAAACUUAAAUUUAAACAAAACAACAAAACCAAACGCCCAGUUACAUUGGCAUACAUUUGCAUUGAGUUACAGGGAAUGAAUGAAUGAAACAACAAAAACAACACUGCAAUUUAGUCAAAGUCAGCAUCAUCAACACUUAAUUUAAAUGAAUGGAACAUUUUUGUUCUUCUCUUGAGAACGUAGCCUUUGAAGGAGUCACGGUGCAUAAAUGGAUUUGUUUUAAAAGGCUGUAUUUUAUUAAUUAAGGAUUGGUUGGCAUAUCGUUAGCCCAUGCAGGCGGGGGAAUAGCAUGGUCUAGGCAAUUGGCAUUUUGCGUGGCUUUUGUGUAACACUAUCCCAUCUACCAUCGAGCACGUGAUCCCUGGCAAUCACGCUACACGUUGCGCCAACACACAUAAAUGUACAAGGACAGCAGCUGCCGUAGCAGCCCUCAGCCACCGCCCACAACGAACGUUGCGGAUCAAGCCUCGGAUAGAUCAACGGCAGCGACUACGACUACGACUACUGCGACGACCUUACCUCAGGGCCAACCACCUACAAGUACUGCUGUUCGUGCCAGCACUUCGUCCACAAUUAACGUAGUACCACCUCAUGUCCACGCAGCCACCGUAGAGGACGACGAAGAGGACGGCUUUAGUUGUCCCUCCGAAUCGAGCAGUGACUCCGAGUACGAAGUACAUUCACGUCCCUCCACAACCAGCACCACCUCGACCUCAUCGUCGUCCACUGGGGCAGCCGUUGGCCUGACAACGGGCGUAGGGGGUCCCUGUGCGACGAGACGUCAUAAGCGUUCGGCCAACACCACUGCCGCCUCAACUCAGCGCUAUCACAGCAACUCCGAUGUUCGUAUAUUGCGCAAAAUUGGCUACAUUGCUUCGCGUGUGCGUUUUCUGGCCCGCAUCUAUUCCGACUUCAAACUUGUAAAUCCCUACACACCGGCCAAGCAGAGGCGUCUGCUGCAGUAUAUCCUUUUGAAGCACUCAAUUAUCGAUCCCGAUAAGGAGUUAGCUAAGGCAGCCGAAGCUGGCAACAAAUCCAGACCCUCCACCACUCCCUCAGUGACUUCGGCCAGCAGCUGCAGUGGUCUGCCGCAGACGGAAAGCUCCUUCGAAGACGACUCGGUUACGGGGACAGUGCGCCGCAAGUCAUCCACUUCGGUGACAGCUUCAGCCUCAAUACUUUUGCUGGAGGACCUUCUGGUGCAGUUGUAUGAGGAUCGUCGCAAUAAAUUAACCCUUAUACGCAGAAGACGUAGCAGGCGCAGCAGUGCGGGAGCCACAACGGCCAAGACACCUCUCAAUCAGCUAAUCAUAAUGAGCAGUAAGACCACCAGCAGCAGUGUUGAACGUUUAUUGCAAUUAGACAACGAGGACGAGGGAGGUGGUGGCAGUAGUGGUGGCGGCGGCGGCGGUGGUGGUGGUCAGAGCAGUAUUGGUGGUGGUGCUUCCGAUGGUGGCAGCACUGAAAGACUUACCAAAGGCAAUCACAUUUACAAUGCAAACAUAACUACAAGUUCUAGUCAACAACAGCAGCAGCAACAACAACGCAAUAGCUCCAUAUUCCUACAACCAUUGGCGGCGAGUGGUGAUGACAACCUAAGGCGACGGAGGGCCAGUGAUUGCACACCCCACCCAUGCCAGCCCUUGGGCAAUCAGCUACAAAUAACGCUUAAGAACAAUAACUGCACCAAGCUACCCCUGCAUCGUGGUAGCUGCGGAGCUGCCGGCGACCAUCUGCUGGCCGCCAAUUCAAUUGCCAAUCGCCAAACGUUAAUUUUAAGUAAAUCUUGUGGCAAUGUGGAUGCCGGUGUGGGAAAUAGCAAUCCAGCUCUCUAUGGUAGUGGAGAUUUGCGUGGCAACAACACUGGUGUCUCCUCCAUGGUCGGUGGCAAUGGCUCCCUGACAGCCACGGGUACAGGUGGUGGGACCAGCUGCGCCCUGGGUAUGGGCCCCAUUAAUGGCAACAACGAGUAUAGCAUUGUACAGCUGAACAAUACAAUCAUACAGUGCCACUUUAACGAUGACGACUUUCGAGCUUUGGUCAAGGAUCUAAAGCGUAAAGUCGAGUAUACGGAGCGCAUGAACUGGUUAUGUAAGUUAACGCACAAGGAAAUCAAUAGUCUUUCCAAGCGUCCCCUGGGUCCCCAGAGUCGCAAGAGUAGCUUACCCAAGCAUCAAGAGGUUAAAAAACGUUUCCUGGAAAUCUGCGAUACCACCUUCUCGGAAGAGGUGCGCAAUGCUCUGCGUUUGCCUGCCUUCGAUUCGUACGAGUGGGGCGAUGCCGAUAUCAUUCAUUUGAUGCAGACCAUGUUCAUAGAGUUGGGCUUUAUAGAGAAAUUCAAUUUACCCGUGGACACAUUGCGAGAAUGGCUGUACGAGGUGUACAAGCACUACAAUGAAGUGCCGUUUCACAAUUUCCGGCAUUGUUUUUGUGUGGCCCAGAUGAUGUAUGCCAUAACACGUCAAGCCAAUCUAUUGCAACGUCUGGGUGAUUUGGAGUGUCUCAUUCUAUUGGUAUCCUGCAUUUGUCACGAUCUCGAUCAUCCAGGCUACAAUAACAUUUAUCAAAUAAAUGCCCGUACAGAGUUGGCACUACGGUAUAAUGACAUAUCGCCUUUAGAGAAUCAUCAUUGCUCGAUAGCAUUUCGUUUAUUGGAACAUCCAGACUGUAAUAUAUUUAGGAAUUUUAGCCGAGAAGCAUUCAACCAAAUACGUGAAGGAAUUAUACGAUGCAUUCUAGCCACCGAUAUGGCACGUCACAAUGAGAUAUUAACCCAAUUUAAAGAGGCCACCCCAAUUUUUGAUUACUCCAAUCGGGCCCAUAUUAACUUGCUUUGUAUGAUCCUCAUUAAAGUAGCCGAUAUAUCCAAUGAAGCCCGACCCAUGGAUGUGGCCGAACCGUGGCUGGAUCGUCUUUUGCAGGAGUUCUUUGCCCAAAGUGCUGCCGAAAAAACCGAAGGCCUGCCGGUGACCCCUUUCAUGGACCCCGAUAAGGUCAGCCGAACUGGUUCGCAAGUGCGUUUCAUUGGUCUAGUCAUUUUACCCUUGUUCGAGGCCUUGGGAGAUCUGGUGCCAGAAGUCAUAGACAUGAUUAUAGUUCCUGUACGCGUAGCUUUGGAUUACUACAAACGUUUAAAUGAUGCUCAAAACAAAUGCCGCAAAUCAUUGGCCGAUAGCAUCUCUGCUGCUGCUUCGGAAAAUACCAGCGGUGGCUCGGAUGCUAAUGCAGCCUCCACAAGUACGGCAGGGGCUUCGACUGGUGCUGGUGGGGGUAGUAAUGCCGGUGCUGCUGGCAGUGGGGGAGGUGGUAGUGGUGCCGGCAACUCUGGCGGCAGUAUUUCACCCCAAAUGCCGCGUUCCCAGUCGGGCAUUAGUGUGAAGUCCCGCCGGAGUAUACCCUCCCAGAAGUCCGCCUCCCGUACUUCCGUUGAUGAACCAGGAGGCAUGCCGGCCGAGUUGCAUGAUUUGCCCGAGGGCAGUGAGAGUGGUGAUUCUGAAACCGCUACUGAAGUUGAUGUGGCUGAGAAGACCUCCAAAUUCAAGGUUGAUACCGAAGGCACCAGCAAUCGUUCCAAAUCCUCGCAUUCCGCCUCUCGUAAAUCGUCACGCGAGAAACGCCCCUCUAUGAUAGGGGAAAUGUGCAGCAGCGGCAGUGGCCAGCGCAUACGCAACUCAUAUGGCAACAUUCAUGGCUACCACUCCAAUCGUAGCCACUUUAGCAACAAUCGCGCUGUCAGCUUGGACCAGUAUAGCACCAACAAUCGCCGACUGUCCGAUGGCCUGCAGCAGGUGAUUUCGGAUAGCAAUGUUUUCUAUAAUCGUCACAAUCGCGGCAGUCUUGAGGCUUCCACGGUGAAUUGUCGCCUGGUCGAGGAUAUGAACAUGAAUGCCACGGGCAUUGUUACCGUUUCGCAGACUUCUUCGGCAGGAGGUGGUGGCAGAGUGGCGGGUGGUGCCUCCCUGCAACUGAAUACUUCCCAGAAUGUGCCAAAUAAUGAGGGUGUCACUUCCAACAAUGCGGGCGCUUCAACAAACGCCCCAACAGCUGCAUCAAACACCACUGCCUCUUCUGCCACACCACAACAGAAUAUCAUGUGCAUAGCGCGUUUCUCCAAUGGCAACAUAUCUCCCACACAGUUGCAGCAGCCCCAGCGACAGCAUUGUUGUGCAGCUGCAGCGGCGGCGGCAGCAGCUGCCGCUGUGAGUAGUGGACAAAAUGGGCUGACGAGUAGUGCCACUGAGACAACUGCAGCUUCAAAGAAUUCAUGGAAGGCUCGCUUCAAACAGUUUUCCGACUAUUUUAGUUUUUCCUUUGACAAGAACUCAAAGCGUUUCAGCAGUACGCGCAGCAGUCCGUGUUCGGUGCGCAACAACAAUGGCGCCCAAGGCAAUGGGGCCGAGAGCGGCGGUACCACCUACAUUGAUCCCCUGACGGGCAAGCCCACGGCCAUGUGUUGCACCAUCUCGAAUAGCUUGCAGUCGCCUGGUCUGAGGCAGAAACACAUUUCCCACCAACACGACUUGAUGGCCUCAGGCCGCCAUCGAGCCUAUAGUCUGGAUGUGCCCUGCAAUCGUAGCAAUCCACGCUACAGCAGCAGCAGUGGAGGCGGUGGUGACAGCAGUCGCAAGUCGUCGCGCCACGAUGGCACGGUCACAGGCGAUGAGAACAAUAGCAACAAUACGCUUCACAGCAGCAGCGGGGCGGGCAGUGAUAUGCCCACCUGCAUGCCGCCACCCAUACGCAUUGGCAGCGUUGAUGCCAGCGACACAAUACUCAUUACAACCGGUGUCCUGCCCAAUGCCUUGCCGCCCGCCAGCCUGGGAGAGGCCGAGCCCAGUUUGAGCAUCGAUUUGGGCUUGCCCAGCAAUUCGUCGUCGGCCGAUCCUCCGAAGAUAUGACAACGUGGUAGCUCAGAGACGACCACCAACUCCUCGAAUGGAGCCUUUGCAGCCCUGCUGCAGCAGCAACAGCAAAUGGAUGCGACGCGCCAGACAGCAGCCACGGCGGCCGUGCAGACGUCCAGCUGCAAUGUAUCGUCCUCCAUGUCGAUGACGGUGUGGUCGGCUUUGGGCCAGCGUCUAAGUGCUUUGGUCUGCCAUUGUUGUGAGCGGAAAUUGCCAGAGCCGGAAAAUGUGUAAAAUGAAUAAGAGAUACUGAAAGCGAGGGAGAGAUACAUACAUAUUCAUCAAUGAUAAUAAGUUAUUAGUAAAAAAUUAUCAAAAAAAAAA